AUGAUUGAGCGUAAUGAAAUUGUUGUUUGGCGGAGAAAAUAUUUAUUGGAUAUUCGGAGAUAUCGUGAGGAGGGUCGGCCAAUAUACUAUUUAGACGAAACUUGGGUAAAUGCUGGUGACGUACCGAGUAAAGUUUGGUGCGAUAAAUCAAUCAAAUCUGCGAGAGAUGCAACAAAUAAAGGUCUUUCAACGGGAGCAGUAAAUCCUAGUGGAAAGGGGAAACGCCUGAUAGUUUGCCAUAUCGGGUCGGAAGAUGGAUUUGUUUCUGACAGUCUUCUGUGCUUUGAGUCUAAGAAAAACACCCAAGACUAUCACGAUGAAAUGAACGGUGAUUGUUUCCGUGAUUGGUUGGAAAGUGUUUUACCUAGACUCAAAGAUAACGCAGUAAUUGUCAUGGACAACGCUCCGUACCAUUCGGUGAAACAGGACAAAUGCCCAACGAGAAACACCAGUAAACCUAAAAUUAUUGAAUGGCUCGAGAGCAAAGGAGAGGUUAUUAGUAGACCAAUGGUUAUUCCAGAGCUUCUUUUGAUUGUGGACAGGCUGAGACCUUUGUAUAAUAAAUAUGUAAUUGAUGAACUAGUCAAAAAACAAAACAAAACGAUUCUUCGACUGCCACCUUACCACUGCGAGUUCAAUCCUAUUGAGCUCGCAUGGUCCAGUGUAAAAAACCAUGUGAGGAUGAACAACAAAACCUUUAAGCUAAACGACGUAAAACAAUUACUAAUAGAAGGCGUAGAAAGAGUUAAUGCCGACAUGUGGAAAAACUUCAUUAAGCAUACUAUAGAAGAGGAGGAAAAGUUUUUGAAAAUGGACUUUGUGGUGGAUGAAUUGAUGGCUGAAAAAGAACCAUGUGUUUUAAAUGUUGAAACUGAUGACUCGGACGAUUUUGACGACGUUAGACCUUUAUCAGAAACUGAUGAAUAA